AUGCCCGCUGCGGCGUCGCCACUGUCAUCGUCGAAAUACGCCUCGCCAGCAGCACCCAACUUCAUGGUCAGGUUGGACAACUGCCCAUUCACGUACACCGAGACGGUCUUCUCACGCGACUUCAACAGCUUGGUCUUACCGAACCGCACGUGGAACGAAGUGGAACGGUACACCCAACGCUCAUUAGGUCCCAGCUCGGGGUCGCCAUCGUUACAGGAGGCCGCUGAACAAACGUCAUGUGAUAGGGGAGCAAUCGCACUCACCUGA